AACAAAUUAAUCUAACAAACAAAGAAUGGGAUGCAAUAUCAUUAUUAAUUAAGGUUCUAAGACUCUUUGCUAAAGUAACUGAGCUAUUAGGAGGUAACAAAUAUGCUACUAUUAGUUUUAUGUAUAGUGCGAUUACAGUAAUUAAGAAAGGGCUUUUUACAAAUAAUAACAAUUCAAAUAUAGAUUUUAAUUUUUCUUUUGAUAUUUUUGAUAAUGAUGUUGUUUAUGAAGAUAAAGAAGAAUUAGAAGAAAAUUAUGUAUCAAGCAAACAACAACAGAUGUGUCUAGUAACAAAGCAAUAUUAG